GACAACCCCACAGGCCGCGCACUCGCCCGCCGUCUGCUCAAGCCCCGCAUUCCAUACACCGAUGUUCACGAUUACCAACUCGAAGCACUGUGCAAGAUGAUGGAUGGUAUUGAUGUGCUCGCCACGAUCAAGACCGGGGCCGGUAAAUCAGCGUAUUUCUACAUGUUCAUCAUGCUGCUGCACGCAUUCCUUGAGGACCAGUCUCUCCAGGAAGUCCUCAAGCGUCCGGUUCCACAGAACCCAUGCAUGGUUGUCAUAUAUCCCACAAAUGGAUUAGAGGUCGAGCAGGAAGCUACCUUCCGCUCUUACGGUCUCCGUGCGCUCGCCAUCAACCAGGACACUCUUCAAGAUGCUAGAUCGCGCGGGGAGGACCUAUGGAAUGCCAGCUCUAACGGCGUAUCCCUCCUGCUACUCGGCCCGGAGCAGCUCACCUCCAAGGGCUUCGAGAAAUUGCUACAGACGAAGCAGUUCAAGGACCGCGUUGUCGGCCUUGGAAUUGACGAGGUGCACUUACUGGACACAUGGGGAUCUGGAUUUCGCAUCGCGUUCAAACAGAUCGGACAUGUUCGUGCCCGUCUUCCUACCCGGGUGGUCGAAAUUUGCGUUACUGCAACUGCGGUUCAGGGCGACCCUCUUGAUCGUAUCUGUCGUUUCGCUGGCUUGAAGGCAGGACAGUACCAUCGCAUACAUCGUUCCAACGCCCGGAGCGAGCUACGCCUGCUGUUCCGGCCUCUGAAGCAUGGCCUUGGCGGCUGGGAGUUUCCCGAUCUGCAUUGGGUCGUGGAGGAGGGGCGCAACAUAUUGAUUUUCGUCCAGACCAUUGCCAUCCAAUUCCGCCUUGUUGCGUAUCUCUUUCGCCAGCUUUCUGGGUCUCGCAAUGCAAACCUCGAGCGGAUUCGAAUGUAUAACUCGAUGGGAUAUUCCGAAUACAACAAGAAAACCCGGGACCUGCUCCGCAACCCUGAGCAUCAAGGUGUAAUCUGCGUGGCAACUUCGUGCCUGCUCGUUGGCAUCAGUUUGCCGGGCAUUCGCGAUGUGAUCUUUGCGGGGAAUCCAUCAAAUGCCGAUGACCUUAUGCAAGGUGGUGGACGCGCAGACCGCUUGGGUCUGUUCGGCGAUGGUCGCAUCAUUGUUUACUACUCCGAGAAGGCCAUGAAGCAGGCUCGUGAUCUCGUUGACACUCCGAUUUCUACCCGGCGCACGUUGAAGAGUAAGAGCCAUACACAUCAGGCUGAUCCUUUGGACAUCACAAUGGCACGGCUUCUUCUCGCCGAUUGCAAGACUGCCGAGCAGAACUCAAUCUACGACAACCCCUCAGAAGAUGCACCAUGUUUAUGCGGCUCUUGCGUAGGCCAGACCCCAUCUUCUCAAACCCCGCCGAUAUGCGCAUGCAGCGGGUGCACUCCUGAG